AUGGCGACCUCAUCAGUUCCGUCUGCGACCCCCCAGGCGGUCAUGACCUUGAUUUCCAAGCUCAAUGAUGCUGAUCCCGAUUUUCGAUUUAUGAGUUUGAACGAUCUUCUGCAGGUUUUGACAAACGCUAAGCCCGAUUUCCUUCACCAUGACUACAAUAUUGCAGCGAGGACCGUCGACAACAUCGUCAAGGCCUUGGAUGACCAGAAUGGCGAGGUCCAGAACUUGGCAAUCAAGUGCCUGGGCCCUCUAGUUUCCAAAGUUCCAUCCCCCAUUAUUGCGCCGAUGAUCGAGAAGCUGUCGUUGCUGAAGCUUAAGAACUCUGUCGACAAUGCCGUUCCGUCUCUCGCCCUGCGACAAGUCAUCAUCGCCCUACCUCGACCGGUGCCCGGCUUGCCCACCAGCCAGGAGGUACAAGAAGCCUACAAUGCCGUGAGCCGGGUGCUUAUACCCCGCCUUAUCGGGCCCGGGGGCAGGCAGCCCAGCACAGCACAUAUUGAUCUGCCCCCGGUUCCCGAGGGCAUGCUUCAGAACGAGGGCGACCUCAACGCCGAGUCAGUAGACGUUCUCAUCGAGGUUGUGCGGUGCUUCGGCCCGAUGCUGCAACCUGUGGAGGUCGAGGCCAUGCAGGAAAUUGUCAUCGCUCUCCUUGAGAACGAGAAGGGCGGCUCAGUCGUUAAGAAGCGAGCUGUUGUUGCCAUUUCCAUGCUCGCCGUAUACCUCGCAGAGAGCCAUCUCGUUGGUGUUGUCCGGAGAAUCACAGAAGGCCUUGGCCGGAAGCUGAGCCCAGUAACCCGACGCCUGUAUAUCUCCAUCCUGGGCAGCAUGGCCCGGUCGAUUCCCUCUAGAUUCGCCCCUCAUAUCUCGGAGACCGCACCAUUUAUCCUCAAGGCCCUGAAUGAGGAGGAGCUACAGGUUCACCUGGAGCAGCUGAGCGAUGGUGAUGAUCUUGGCCAGGACUUUAACGAAGUCCGUGAAGCGGCGCUAAUUGCCCUCGAAGCCUAUUUGGCAUCUUGUCCCCAGGAGACUAAGCCGUUUACUGAUGACAUGAUUUCUGCAUGCCUUCGAUAUCUUAAGUAUGAUCCUAAUUACGCAGUGGAUGACGAUGAUACGGAUAUGGACGAAGACGAGGAGGCUGAGGAAGAUGAGGAUGAUGAAUUCGACGACGAUGACGGAUUCGAGGAUGACGACGACGACGCGAGUUGGAAGGUACGCAGAUGCGCAGUCAAGACCAUCUAUACGCUGAUUGCUACACGAGGAAGUGGUGACUUGCUGGAGAAUGGCGUCUUAUACGGCCAGACGGCGGCCCCACUGAUUAAGAAGAUUGAUGAAAGAGAAGAGAAUGUGAGGCUGGAGGUAAUCUCUACUCUGUCUCUGCUGAUUCGAAAGACGGGCGAAGGACUUCACAUUGCCGAAUCAUUAGAUGAUUUGGAGGAUGAUGUGGUUGCCCAGAUGCCCAUUAGUAGGAAGAGGAGAAGGCAGAGCAGUAUUGUGGCACCAUCCCAGCCCCUUGCAGGAAUCGCGUCGCCUACUCAGGAAAAGGUCCCCCUGAGCGGACCGCAAACAGACCUUGCCAAGCUCACGCCGGCAAUUGUCAAGGCAGCAACGAAACAUCUCAAGGGCAAGGCCGUCCCCACCAAGCAGGCCAUCAUCAACCUCCUGGACGAUAUCGUCUCCGUUCAGAGGGGAGGUCUAUCUGACCACCUCGGUGAUAUCAUUGGACCUGUCACUGAUGCGAUCAAGCAGGCGACUGCUAGUGUCUCAUCUUCAUUGGCAUCUGCAGGCGGAUCUGCCUCUGUAACCCACAGCACCCUUCGUGUUGCGGCUUUGAAGCUGGCUAGCGAUAUCUCUAAGACACACUCUUCUACGCAUCUGCAGCCAUUCCUUGCAAAGAUCGUCACAGCUGUGACAGCUGCUGUCCAUGACCGGUUCUACAAGAUAUCCAGCGAGGCCGUGCGGACCGUCGAGGAACUUAUUAAGACCAUCACUCCUCCGCGGGCAAAGGGUGUAAGCGCGCAUUUCAAGGAUGAGCUUGACAAAUUGUACGAGGUUAUUGUCGACCGAGGGUCAGCCAGUGAUGCUGAUGCUGAAGUUCGCCAGCGUGCUAUCCACGCCUUGGGCGUGCUCAUCUCGCGCACUUCGAGUCCUGAGGGCGCUGCUCUCUUGCCAGCUACCAAGCGAGCAGCGGCUCUUGGCAUUCUUCAGGAGAGACUCAAGAAUGAGACUACUCGCCUGGCAGCUGUCCGUGCUGUCGACCAGGUGUCAGCUUCUGCACACUCUCCUGACCAGCUCGACCGGACUUGGAUUCAAGAUGUUGCACUGGAAUUGUCUGCUCAGUUACGGAAGGCAAACCGGGCGCUGCGUGGAUCUAGCAUCAUGGCUCUUAAGCAUCUGGCCCUGUCAAAAGCUGCUGCAGGCGCGCUUGAGCCGGACACUAUCAAGGGUAUUGUUUCGUCUCUGAUGCCGGCCAUAACAAACAACGACACCCACCUUCUCGGACCUGCCCUGGCCAUUCUCACUAGCCUUGUAUCUGAGCACUCAGAUUUGGUCGUCACCAAUGAACUCAUCGAUGCUCUUUGCGCACUCCUCAAGACCAACUAUGCCAGCAUUGUCUUGGACCAGCUCCUCGACUUGAUGCAUGCUAUCGGAAAGACUGGUUCCGGCGGUCCUUUGAUGAAAGGACUCCUCACUCAAGUUAGCGUCCUGGGAGACUCAUCUGUUGUAGGCAAGAUCAUAGGAACACUUCUUGUCGCAGGUGGAGGUUCCGUAGGAGUCACAGUGGAUGAUUUCAUCAAAGAGCUCAACAACAAUGCUGACCAGCCGGAUGAGGCUCGGAUCAGUCUCGCUCUGGCGGUUCUAGGAGAGGCAGGAAAGGGUCUUGGUGCUGAAUCACCGCUCAAGCCCCAGCUCUUCCUUGGUCAAUUCCGACCAGAGCCAGACAAGGUGUCUCUGUCGGCUGCCCUUGCACUCGGCAGGGCGGGAUCUGGUAACGUCGGCGAGUUCUUGCCUGUGGUGCUUGAAAAGAUGAAUGAGGGUGGCAGCACCCAGUAUCUGCUUAUCCAGUCCCUGAAGGAGAUUCUGCACUCCAUCUCAUCGCUCUCGUCUGGAGUAGAGGCUUAUGCUUCUAGCAUUUGGGAGAAGCUACGCCAAGCUUCUACUGAUGCUGACAACAAGGUUGUUUGUGCUGAGUGCGCUGGUCGACUGGUGGCUCUCAACCCGGCCGAGUUCAUCCCGCAGCUCCAAGCUCUUCUCUCUGUUGAAUCCCCAAGCAUCCGUGGCAUGGCCAUCCAGGCUAUUCGAUAUACUCUUCCCGAAAGCGACGAGGCUUUCGAUGCUAUGCUACGCCAGGUGCUCGUGGAUAUGCUCCUUGCCGUCCUGCAGGAUAAGGAGUUAGAGAACCGCCGACUUGCUAUGAUGACCCUCAACUCUGCUACCCACAACAAGCCAGACCUGAUUCUGCCUAGCCUGGGCAAAUUGGUCCCCUACGUUUUAGAAGAGUCUAUCAUCAAGCCCGAACUUGUCAGAGAGGUGAUGCUUGGUCCCUUUAAGCACAAGGUUGACGAUGGCCUGGAAGUUCGAAAGAGCGCAUACGAGACCCUGUACGCCCUCAUGGAAACGGCAUUCAGCCGUAUCAACAACAUUGACUUUUACGAUCGCGUAAUCGCUGGUCUUAAGGAUGAUAAUGAUAUUAGACAGCUCUGCAACCUCAUGAUCACGAAGCUGGCGGCCAUUGACCCAGACGAGACAGCUCGAAGACUGGACGCGAUUGCAGAGGCAUUCCGGGCUGUGCUUUCUGUCAAGCUUAAGGAAAACGCCGUUAAGCAGGAGGUUGAGAAGCAAGAGGAGGCCAUCAAGAGCACCCUUCGCGUGACGCUCAUCCUGGGCGAGAAGAUGAAAACGGUGACCGGAAACGCAGGAGCAGCAACAAGCAAUGCGGGCGCAGUGGGCGCCUGGACCUCGUACUGGGAGUGGACUGCUAAGGACUUCGACAAGCAGCUUAGAGCACUGCGUGAGGAGACCAAGGAGACUCGCAUGGCUUGA